AUGUCGUCAGAACCAGAUCUCCACCACGCCAUCUCGAUGAAACCACACCCCUUCCACAAACAUCCUGAUCGUGUAGAGCGCACAGCGAGCCCCCACAUACACGCUCCCGCUCUGCCGCAACAAGCCAGCGCGUCUGAAGCUGCAGUCCACAAGUUCAACGGUAACAGCACAGCCGUCGAAACCGCCUCUACCUACGAACACGACCCUGUCGCACGCCCCAGCCAUGUCUUGAACCGCGCCGACAGCUCUAGUGAUGUAGAAUCACAGUCGCUUCCGCAAUACACGCCAGACAACGACCCGUACCAUCUCUCCUCUGCAAUCAAGCCCGAGGAUGAGCUCGCUCAGAUCCGCGCCAACAGCUCGCGGAAGCGAGAUGGUUGCGGCCCCAUCAGUCUGAACAAGAAGGCACGCAGUGCAAAGAAGCUUGAAGAGUUCUACGAAGCACAAAACGAGAACAUUGAGCGGCUGUUGAAGCCCGUCGACGACCACCGGCGCGCAGCAAAAGAGGAGGGCGACGCCAACCACCUCAAGUAUAAGAUUGCCGUCAUUGGAUCCUUCGUAGCAAACGUCAUCCUUGCGUGUCUUCAGCUCUAUGCCGCCAUCAGCUCCAAGUCGCUGUCGCUGUUCACUACCAUGGCGGAUUCGCUCUUCGACCCUCUCUCCAACCUGACCCUCAUCAUGUGCGCCCGAGCCGUGUCGCGUGUGGAUGCGCGCAAGUUUCCAUCAGGCAAAGCACGCAUCGAGACUGCCGGUAACCUCUCCUUCUGUGCGCUCAUGAUCACCGUCUCGGUCGUCAUCAUCGUGGAAUCCAUCCGCACCGUCGCCGAACACACCGGACCAGACACCAACGACUUCUACCUGCCAUCUGUCAUUGCCGUUGCCAUUGCUUUCGCGACCAAAUUCAGCCUGUUCCUAUACUGCUGGGCUAUCCGCAACAAGUACAGUCAAGUCCGGAUCUUGUGGGAAGACCACAGAAACGACCUGUUCAUCAAUGGUUUCGGCAUCCUAACGAGCGUCGGUGGUGCUAAGCUGAGGUGGUGGAUCGACCCCAUGGGAGCUCUGCUCUUGUCUGUCCUGAUCAUCUUCUUGUGGUCCAGGACCGCGUAUAGCGAGUUCCAGUUGCUGAUUGGGGUCACGGCCGAUCCUAAUAUGCUGCAGCACAUCACCUACAUCUGUGAGUCGCCCUUCCUCCCAUCGCCUCCAAUCAUCGUACCCUCACCAUUUCAUUGCACAAACCAGACCACUAAUACCGCCCUAGCGAUGACACACUCCCCCGCCAUUCGUCAAAUCGACACCGUGCGCGCAUACCACUCCGGCCCCCGUCUCAUUGUCGAGGUUGAUGUUGUCAUGGAUCCUGAGUCUAGUCUAAGGGCUACGCAUGAUAUCGCGGAAGAGUUGCAGAUUAAGCUGGAGAGUCUGCCAGACGUCGAGAGGGCAUACGUGCACGUGGAUUACGAAACAGAUCAUAGACCUGAGCACUUUUUGAAAAAGGAGCUGUAG